GCAUGGCAGCUGCAGCUCCUGGGAAAGAGCUAUCGAGUUGGAGGGAACACGGAGGCAAGCAGAGGAGAGCGCUGAGCUGAACUCAGCUGGGCUUACAAGCUCAAGGUCAGAAAAUAAAAUAAAAAUGGAUGAUUUGACGUUACUUGAUCUUCUGGAGUGCCCCGUGUGCCUUGAAAAGCUGGAUGUCACAGCCAAAGUCCUGCCUUGCCAGCACACCUUCUGCAAACCAUGUCUCCAGAGAAUUUUCAAAGCGCACAAGGAGCUGAGGUGCCCUGAAUGCAGGACCCUGGUGUUCUGCAGCAUUGAGGCGCUGCCGGCCAACCUGCUGCUCGUGCGUCUUCUGGACAGUGUGCGCUCAGGGCAGAGCCCAGGGAGAGGGGGCUCCUUCCGCAGACCUGGCCUGUUGACCUUGCAGGACAGCAAGAGAAGCAGGACUAACUUUAGAGGUCCGCCAUCUAGUCCCUUCCGGCUGGUGCCUAAUGUCAGAAUCCACAUGGACGGGGUGCCUCGAGCAAAGGCUUUAUGCAACUACCGAGGACAGAAUCCUGGUGACCUGAGGUUUAACAAGGGAGAUGUCAUCCUCCUCCGGAGACAGCUUGAUGAGAACUGGUUCCAGGGGGAGAUCAAUGGAGUCAGUGGCAUCUUCCCAGUCAGUUCUGUGGAAGUCAUCAAGCAGCUGCCCCAGCCACCCCCACUCUGCCGGGCCCUCUACAACUUUGAUCUCCGAGACAAAGACAAGGGUGAGAAUCAGGACUGUCUGACAUUCCUUAAGGAUGAUAUCAUCACUGUGAUCAGCCGAGUAGAUGAGAACUGGGCAGAAGGCAAGUUGGGAGAUAAAAUAGGCAUCUUCCCGAUCUUGUUUGUAGAGCCAAACCUCACAGCAAGACACCUCCUGGAAAAGAACAAAGGCCGCCAGUCAUACAGCACCAAAAGCCUCUCCCUGGUGCCCUCAUCCUCCAGAGGCAAAGAGACCAACACGCCCACACUCCGAAGGGGCCUUGGGUCCCGGAGGAAAGGGUCCGGGCAGUUCUCCAUCACAACAGCCUUGAACACUCUUAACAGGAUGGUUCAUUCUCCCUCGGGGCGCCACAUGGUGGAGAUCAGCACCCCAGUGCUCAUCAGCUCCAGCAAUCCCUCUGUGACCACCCAGCACAUGGAGAAAGCAGAAGUAUCUCCCAGCUGUCUGGGGCAGAUCAGCACUUAUCACCCUGGACCUGCCUCCCCAGGACAUUCCACGGCCAUCCUCAGCCUACCUGGCUCCCAGCAGCACCUCUCAGCUAACAUGUGAGUAAAAUAACCCAGUCCUGCAC